AUGGCCCAAGCUGGUUCCGGGCCCUUUCGUAUCGGCGUCGAUGUCGGCGGAACAAACACCGAUGCGGCCAUCGUCGACAUCGCUGCCACCGCCUCGGUAUCGCGCGGGGUGUGCGCCUCGAGUAAGACGCCAACAACUACCGACGUGACAUCAGGAAUUUACACCGCGAUCGAGGAUGUCUUGUCCAAAUCGAAGGUUGAUCGGAAAGAUGUUCUCAGCGUCGCCAUCGGGACGACCCACUUCGUUAAUGCUGUCGUUGAGGCUGAUGCGCGACGGUUGAGCAAGGUUGCUGUCAUCCGAUUGUGUGGACCUUUUACAAGACAGAUACCGCCAUUUUCUGAUUUUCCACCGACUCUGAAAGCAAUAAUGUGUGGCCCUGUGUUCUAUCUAGAUGGAGGACUUGAGAUUGAUGGUCGUCAAAUAACACCGUUGAAGCCCGAUCAAGUUCAGGACGCAGUCAAAUCCAUUCAAGCUGCAGGAGUCACCAAAGUCGCCAUCGUGGGGGUUUUCUCCCCGCUUGAUCACCAAGGUCUACACGAAGAAACAGUCAAGCGCCUGUUACUACAAUUAGACCCAGCGCUGUCGGUAGUUUGCUCGCAUACAAUCGGCGGAGUGGGCCUUCUUGAGCGCGAAAAUGCGACCAUACUGAACGCUUCGAUUCUGAGUCUCGCUCAACGCACUGUCCAUGCAUUCUGCGAUGCAAUGGUGAAACUUCGCCUCGAUUGUCCCCUUUUCCUCACGCAAAACGAUGGAACACUCACGGAUGCUGCCACAGCUGCAGAACUGCCGAUCAAAACCUUUGCCUCAGGUCCGACGAAUAGUAUGACUGGGGCGGCGUUCCUUGCAUCGCUCGAUCGUGAAAACAAGCUUGCGAAAUUCGAUACUCAGGUUCUUGUUGUUGACGUUGGCGGCACAACAAGCGAUGUUUGUGCAUUGCUUCCGUCCGGCUUUCCUCGACAGGCACCGAAUUUCGUGGAGGUUGGUGGUGUGAGAACUGCGUUCUCUAUGCCGGAGGUUCUAUCUGCUGGACUGGGAGGUGGUAGCAUUGUAACCUAUGAUGCUGGUUUAGACCGGGUCAAUGUAGGACCUGGAUCUGUUGGUCAUUACCUAACCACCAAGGCGAUUGUUUUUGGAGGAGACGUUAUGACCGCCACAGAUAUCGUCGUCGCUUCCGGCAAAGCGGAAAUUGGGGAUGUGAGCAAAGCUAAGGCAAUACCUGCAAAAAUUGUCCAGGGGGCUCGUAAUCAGAUAAAGAAGAUCCUCGAACGUGUUGUGGAGGAUAUGAAGGUUUCAGACCUACCGGUCAGUCUUUUACUUGUUGGUGGAGGGUCCAUCGUUCAGAUGGAUGAUCUCAAAGGUGUUACGGAAUGCAUUAUUCCACCACAUCAUGACUCCGCGAAUGCUGUUGGCGCAGCUAUUGCCAAAGUUGCUGGCGAAGUCGACUUUAUUGAGAUUCUCGCCGACCAAGAUGAAAAUGCCAUCCUCGAGAAGGCAAAAAGCCAAGCAAUCGAUGCGGCAGUCGCUCGUGGUGCGGACAGAGAGAGUGUCAGGAUUGUGGCGAUCGAUAAAAUCCCAUUGCAAUAUGUCACUAACAAAGCGACUCGGUUAAUUGUCAAAGCUGUCGGCAGUCUGGCAAUACCAGAUCGCAACAACAGCAUCCCUGCCACUAACGCAAAUUCCAGCAAAUUCACGAAACUCGCCGAUGGGAAUACAAAGGAUGAGAGUGAGAAACAAUUCAAUCAAAGCUCCUCUACUCAAGAUCUCAAGUCGUUGGUCAGACACUCCUCUUUCAUCGAUAUCGAUGCAUACAGACCCGACGUGAAUGGCGGUGUGUGGUACAUCUCACCAGUUGAUCUUGAAUUUAUCGCAACGGGAACCGGAGUACUUGGCACUGGCGGCGGCGGAUCUUCAUAUCUCCAGUAUCUGGAAUGUUUAGAGAGUCUGAGGACAGCUGGUGCAUCAGGAAAGAUGAGAGUGGUCUCCCCAAAUUCCCUCAAAGACUCUGACGUUUGCGUGCUUGGGUCUUGGUACGGAGCUCCUAGUGUCUCAGGGGAACGGAUGGCUGCAGGGACGGAAAUAAUAACUGCAAUUGAUUAUUCCGUAAAACUGUCAGGACAUUCGCAUUUCGAGGCUAUCAUUGCAGAUGAGAUUGGGGGAGGCAAUGGAUUGUCUACAUUCCCCACUAGUGUUCACCACGAUAUCCCUGUUGUUGAUGGCGAUUUAAUGGGUCGAGCGUAUCCAACUCUUGAGCACGACGGGAAGGGGAAUGCGUCUGUUGUACUGAACGCGGAAUCAAAUGGGCGCGUUGAGACCAUGCUGCGAACACAGUGCGUGGAUCUCGGUCUAAUGGCUGCAGUUUCAUGUACGCCUCUGAGUGGCAGGGCCAUCAAGCAAUACGCGAUCCCGAAUACGGUUUCACAGGCCUGGUACAUCGGCCGCGCAGUGCAUAAAGCACAAAAGUCGAAGGAAAAUCUCAUCGAUGCUAUUGUAAGAAGUCUUGUUUCAGUCUUCUCGAAGCGGAGAGCUCACUAUUUUCAGUUCCAAACAACUCCAGGUCGACUCCUCUACAGCGGCAAGAUUAUCGAUGUUAAGCGGGACGUCAGUCGAGGCUAUACAAUGGGACAAUGCACGAUCGCGCCUCUCAACAGCGACGAAGAGGAUCAAUAUAUCCCAGACUCCCAGAAAUCCAAGGCUAGUAACAUGAAUGAGAGCCGCUACCUGAUAAUUCCGUUCCAGAAUGAGUUUCUUUAUGCUGCAUACGCCAACCCGGAUAAGCCGAAUGACAAAUCUCAACACGAGAUUAUUUGCACAGUUCCUGACCUCAUAUCCAUACUCGGACAGGAUGGCGAAGCAAUUGGUUCGCCGGAGCUUCGAUACGGACUUCGCGUGAAUGUGAUCGGCAUGCCAGCACAUCCAUUAUGGAGUGGUACCGAACGUGGACUCAAGGUUGGCGGACCAGCAGGCUUUGGCUUAGAUAUGGAAUGGACGAGUCUGGGGCCAUACCAGAAGCCAAAAAGUGUGCUGGAUGAGUUUAGCAGCCUAGAUUAUUGA